UUUCUCCCCUUUCACUCCAUCCUUCAUCAUGGUCACUUACGGUUCGAACAAGUCCUUCGUCUUGCGAGGCAUCGAGGACGUCGUCUACGAAGAGAGACCCGUCCCUGAACUUGCGGACGACGAGGUUCUCAUCCAGGUGAAGAAGACAGGUAUAUGCGGUUCUGACGUUCACUAUUUGCACCAUGGUCGCAUUGGUGAUUUCAUUGUCAAUGCCCCGAUGGUUCUCGGCCAUGAGUCGGCCGGUAUUGUCUUCCAGGUCGGCAAGGGUGUCAAGCACCUCAAGGUCGGCCAAAAAGUCGCGGUAGAGCCCGGUCAGACCUGCCGCAAGUGCAACGCCUGCAAGAGCGGCCGCUACGAGCUCUGCCCCGACAUCAUCUUCGCUGCUACCCCGCCUUACGAUGGCACCCUUGGGCGCUAUUAUAAGGUGCCGGAAGAUCUUGCCUAUCCCCUGCCUGACAACCUGGACCUGGAGGACGGUGCCAUGAUGGAGCCACUCUCCGUUGCCAUCCACUCCGCCUCCAACAUCUCCCAGAUCCGGGCCAAUCAGGUCGUCGCCGUCUUUGGUGCCGGCCCGGUCGGACUUCUCUGUAUGGCCGUCGCCCGCGCCCUUGGUGCCCGCCGAGUCAUCGCCAUCGAUAUCAACGAGGCGCGCCUGCAGUUCGCCAAGUCGUACGCAGCGACGGACAUCUGGCUGCCGUCCAAGCCCAAGGACGGAGAGUCGCGCAUGGACUAUUCUCGCCGAAACGCUAACGAGAUCCGGGCCGCCUUCGGACUAGAGGAACGUGGGCUCAAUGCCGUCGACACGGUGCUCGAGGCUACCGGCGCAGAGGUCUGCAUCCAGACCGGUAUCUUCCUCGCCAAGGUCGGCGGAGUCUUCACCCAGAUCGGCAUGGGCACCGAGAACGCCCAGAUCCCUAUCACCAUGGUUCUCGUGAAGGAGCUCCAGUUCCGUGGUUCCUUCCGUUAUGGGUAUGGGGAUUACCCACUGGCGAUCUCUUUCGUCGCUCAGGGCAAGAUCGAUCUCAAGCCCCUCAUCACCCACACCUAUCAAUUCGAGGACGCCGUCGAGGCGUUCGCAGCGACUAAGAAGGGCCUGGGGAAGGACGGCAAGCCAGUGAUCAAGGCCAUCAUCAAUGGACCGCAGUAAAGGACUUGUAGACAAUAAAGUAAAGAAAAUUCUGAGCUGGUUGAUGGCUGAUUUAAUAAAUUCCGCACUAGGCGAUUUUGAUUGCAUGUGAUAAUACAAUUGUGUUUGAUUACUCCACACCGUCCACUUGCAUUGCGCUCGGGUCUUCGGCGUCGUUCACUUCCGCAUCUAUGUCUAGAUCAUCAGCCGCCAGUUCUACGGUCGUUUCUUCUGUUGCCUCUCCUACACCUUUAUACGCUUGAUCCUCCGAAGCCUGUGUCAACGCGCUCUGGAAUUGGGAGCUCGUCUCCGUCUUUGUGAUCUCUCGCAAGGCCAUAGUAGCAUACGCGGCCGGGCCAAGGGUGAACUGGACCUGGAGGGCCAAGAAUUUGCCAUUGGGGUCCACAACAGGCACGUCAAAUCCAAGGAUCUUGUCCUCGUCCGUCUGGGCAAGGGGCAAGCUCGGGUCUGUAUAAUGCAUCGUCUUCCACGAGAGGUUCUUCACCUGAUGGAGGAUCUUGCGAUACGACCCAGCGAGGGAGAACUCCUUUUGCGGCUUGGAGAAACUCGCCAUCGUCAGCCCGUCUGCUUCGAGGAACCGCUUGUACAGCUCGCCGAACUCGCCUCCGGGCAUCUGUACGCUGUGCCCGGGAAGGGGCAGGAUGACGUCGAAGAUGGAGUAGUGUGAGAGAUCGUCUUCGGUGAGCUCCUUGA